AUGUCCGAUCUCGACGGGCCAGGGCUACGACCCCCGCGCCUGGGCACGUAUCAACAGAUCGUAUCCUUAAAAAGAAAGCCUAUUCAGGUCCGAGCGGGGCCAUAUCAUCAAGCCGCCCAAACCGACGACCAGGCAGAUGUUGACGCUGAAGACGAUACUGUGUCGGCUCUAACACCUUAUGGGUCUGAUGCUGGAGUGGUCACCAACAGCACGUCAACAACCACUCAGUAUUUACCAAUGCCUCCUACGAAGCCGCCGCAUGGUUCUCGCUCGAAUUUGUGGGUGCCGAUAUGGCUUAGCCGAGUCGUGCUCAUCGCCUUUGCUGUCACUUUUCUUUUGAUGUUAUUAACCACUGCUUUGCUGUAUCGUUUUUCUCAGCAGAGCAAUGGCAUUAGUACACAAAGAGAGGCAAAUCAUUAUGGCUGGAAAUAUGGCCCUACCGCAGUCCUCGUUGUGGUGGGAGCUUUGUGGCGGCAGGUCGAUUUCGCAAACAAGAUACUGAUGCCCUGGGAAGAGCUUAAGACAGGCCCAUCGCCAGCUGAUAAGACUCUGCUCCUGGACUAUAUCUCUCCAAUACUACCCGUCGGCUUCUGGAUAGCCAUCAGGAACAGACAUUGGGCUGUCGUCAUGUCCAUGCUUGGCCAGUUCCUGAUUCUGGGCACUACGAUUUUCUCAACCGGUUUUCUCAUUUUGCAGCCGACUACUUUGACCAAAACCGACGAACAUUUCCAACUAUCAUCCAAGUUUCAAGUUAGCCAAAAUGUAGACCCAAAGUUCGCCUGGGAGGUUGGCCCUGGCCCAGCGCAAACUUACUAUGGGAUAAACUUUUACGGCUUGCGUUUCCCAACCGGAACUAGCCAAAAUUUCGUUGUACCCGACUUUCAAGUGCCGUCAGCUGCCGCAACUGGUCUCGAUUAUACAGUGUCUACGGAUGGCAUCCAAGUCAACUACGACUGCGAACUUCUCCCAAUCACCAAUGGCUCAAUAGCUUACAUGCCAUGGGAAAGCAUCAUGGCCCCUUUCAUUGUUGCCAACGUUACCACUAAAGAUUGCGAGAUCAAAGGAGUCACUCUGGCUGAGGGUGCUGAUCAUAGCUACUAUCAUGACCCGAACGCAACACAAAAUUAUCAGGCUCGGUUCGACCUCUAUCCCUGCAACAUGGAUUGGGAUUUUAGCAAAGGUUAUAUACAACCGGACAAUAUGACUUUUGAAGAAAAGAUAUACAAUACCAAUAACGAUAAUCGCCUGUUCAUGUCCGUGGCUGAUGUUCGCAUCUCGCCAUCCGAACGGCCCAACCUGUACAUGUAUCUCCAUAACGUCACGACUGCUCUUUGCAAACCUACUUAUGAGCUCCGUCAAUUCAAUGUCAGUGUUCCUAGCAACGUUAAUGGAUCUGCUCAAGCUCUCUCCUCGAAAGCACUCGCCAAGAAACAAAUGCUUCCAUCAUUCCCUCCAGGAGCACUGGCCAUGGCAGUCCCAUACUCCACUAAGCGCUGGAAUUUGGGUACCGGGGGGGUCGACUACGUUCUAUCAUCCACUGUGCCCACAUUCUUCCAGCUCAUGACUAAAAAGGCUGGGUUCCAAUCCAUCCGAAACUUCAUGGAUCCGGAACUCCUUAUCAAUACAGGAAGACAAGUCUUUGAAGGGAUUGCCGCUCAGGUAUUGCAUGAGCUUGUCGUUCAACCAGCGAACCGUAAUACUACGGGAAGUAUUACUUACACAGAGCAGAGAUUGCAUGCGAAAGCUCUGUCGACCGGGUUCAUGUGCAGCUUUCUUGGACUACUCGUCAUAUUGUCUGUGGCCAUGAUAUUCAUCCGCCCCAGCUUUUCAGCACCCGCCAAACCGGUAGCAGCCUUUUCGACGGCUACUAUACUCGCAUCGAGCCCUGAACUUGACAAAAUCCUAUCACCGAUGGGGCAUUUAAGCAAUGACAAGUUACAAAAACGUCUUGGAGACUACCGAUUUCGAGCGGAUUAUGUCUCUGAUUCACAUUCAGGUAUACGUAUUGAACCAAUCCAACGGAAUGAAGGGCAAACCGCCGUCAACAACGUGACGGACCAAGGCCAACGCCAAGUGCCUUCAUGGAGGCCAAUGGCCAGCACCACCUGGUUCCUUGUUCUUGCGAUCUGUCUCCCGUUGGUUGUUAUUGCGUCGCUGGAAAUUGUUCAACAUUUCUCAGACACAAACAACGGAUUCAUCAGCAUUAACAAAUCGAGUGCACUUGCCUUUGCCACUUACAUCCCUUCGGCCGUCGCGCUUGGAGUGGCUGGUCUCUACUCUGCUAUUCAAAUGAUGACGGCGAUUUUUGCUCCUUUUGCUCCUUUAAAGAAAGAAAAGGCCAAUGCGAAAAGGACAGUCGAGCUGAGUCUCGUUGCCCAGCUGCCCCCUCACUCCUUAUUCUUAUCGCUGAGAACAAGGAAUUUUGCAGUAGCCAUGGCACUAUUUGGAAGCUUUAUUGGAAGCUUUCUAACUAUUAUUGUAUCUGGCCUCUACAGCGUCAUUGAAGUCCCAAUUGUCCAAACUGUUGCACUUCAGCAAGGCGAUGUGUUCAACUUUACCAAUGUUGACCUUUCUCUUACGGAUACUGAAGCUACUGCCAUUGAUAACUUGGUGGAAUAUCUAGGCUUGAAUAGCACACAGUGGACACACAAAAAUCUGGCCUUCAAUGUACUGAAGCAGAAUGCCACCCUCACGACGAAUUCAAGCGCAAACGUGCCACUCACAGUCAAUGUACCCGCCGUGAGACCCUCAUUGAACUGCACUUCGAUACCCAAUUACCUUCGUGAUAUAACAAUACUCAAUCAAGAGAGUGAAGAAAGUGGUGCAAUGGAGUUCAAAAUGCCUGGGCAAAAUGCGAUGGUAUCUCCCCAGGAUGGCUAUAUUUGGGUCGGCGUUAACACAACUCUGGAAUAUGCUGAUUGGUGUGAGACUGCUCCCAAAGGUCUGAAGAGCCAAGAACCGUGGAUGCAGUAUUUUCUCCUUCCCAACGAUACAAGCAUGGCCUAUGUAGGAAAGGCCUCCGUCCUCAUGUGGGAUGGCGGUGCAAUAUUCGGUGAUGGAGCGGUAGACACAAACCCACAAACAGGAGAAAUGGGUAACGGGCUCCAUCAAACAGACAACGGGUGCCCAACAUUUGCCGUAACAUUCGGUCAGAUGAAGGUGACGAAAUCGGGCACAGGAUCCAAGGCCAAAAUUUCCGGCUUCGAGCAAGAUCUCGCGACGCUCAUAUGUUACCAAAAUAUUGAGCAGGUCAUGACCAAUGCAACAUGGCAGCUCCCUAACUUGUCUUUUGACCCCGCCCAGCUUCCUUUAGCGGAUGAGAGUACGGCAAAACUCCUGAAAUCGAGUCGCGGCAGUGAACGGUUUCCCUUUUUGCCAAAUGCCUGGUUGAAUACCCUCAGCAACCCGCGAUUUAACCAGACAAUUCCUGGCCCGAGCAAUUCCAACUCAACGAAUAACAACAUUGAUAACUUCAUUGAGGCUCUAGUCUUGACGAAAGAUGGCCGACCGGCAGAUAAGCUCGCUGGAGCUGAAAAUGUCGAAAAUCUCAGAAACGCCACUCAGCGCUUCUAUGGGACGUACAUGGCUCAGGCCAUUUCUCUAAACAUGCGAGACAACAGUACUACCAAAGACCUCCCUAUUUAUGACGGCCUGGUUACAACAUCUGGCAAUCAGAGACUGCAGCAGUCUCGCGGGUCCAAGAUUGCGCUCCAGGUCGUGCUCGCUGUGAUGAUGGCGUGCGCUAUUGCAACGAGGUUGCUUUUACCAGUGAAAGACGUAUUGCCACAUAAUCCUUGCUCGAUUGCUGGAACGGCGACACUGAUGGCUGGCGGAGAGAUGAUCUCUCGAAUCGGUGCUGAACGGAUGGAUAUGGACAAUUUGCUCCACAACGGGUUGUAUAGUUUGAAGUGGUGGCGGGAUGAGAAGGGUGUUGAGCGUUAUGGUAUUGACUUGGAGCCGCCUAUGUAA